UCAUUUGUCAGUGUGUUUGUAAACUUCGAAGGAUUCGAAGCUUGUGGAAUGUUACCAAUUGUGAUAAAAUCCUUUUUGUGUUUCAGUUUGGCCAUUUAUGAACUAAUAUAGAGUUGUGAAUAUCAUUCUGUCAUACAGUAGAUACAUUUAUGAUUUAAUAAUAUUGUAGAGCGAAUGAUAACCACAAACUGCCAUAAUGUCCAGCAUCUGCAGCUACAAAAAUAUUGUGUUCCUGAUUGGUUUUCUGAUAGGCAUGAACAUAGCGUUUUCACUAAUAAAAAUGGAAGAGGAUUAUACCAUAAACAGUUUUUCACUUAGUCUAACUGUUAUUCAUCCGUACAAAAACUGGUUCAGCAAGAAGUUUUUAUCUCGAUUUUCAAUAGAUUAUGAUGAAAUUAGUUACGGAAAAGAGACAAAAGUGUCAGAAGCAGAGUAUCUUAAUAAGGAAGUGUCCAUAAUAUGUGCUGUUUUUAUGAAGAAAGUGCAAAAUGCAAAAGCUUUGCAGGACACAUGGGGUAAAAAGUGUAACCGCUUAAUAUUUUUCAGUACGCGGGAAUUUAAUGAUUUUCCAGUUGUACAAUUCAAGCCUAAAAAUUCAUGGCACUUUUUAUGUGACUGCAUUCGGCACAUAUGGAAAAAUUAUGGCAAUCAAAUGCAGUGGGUCCUCUUUGUACCUGAUGACAUGUUUGUCAUACCAGAAAACUUGAGAUACUACGUGGCUCCACUUGACUAUAGAAACCCCCAUUAUUUGGGCCAUGCUUUGACAUUCUGGGGUCAGUUGUACAAUAUUGGCCAAGCAGGAUAUGUUGUAAGCAAAGGGGCCUUGAGUGCCCUGGAGUCUAGAUUCAAUACAACUGAAAAAUGUGCCAUGGGAGGCAAAUACUGGAAAAAUGAAGAUUUUUAUUUGGGAAAGCACCUGGGAGAACUUGGAAUAACCCCAGAGGACACAAGAGAUAGCCUAGGGAGAGGAAGAUUCCAUGGUUACAGUUUUAACCAGUUACUGUUCCGAGGGAAGAUCUCAACACUCGGUAGCUAUUGGAAAAGGAGUGUCUUCCCAGUUCAUGAGGGCCGUGAGUGCUGCAGUGACUUGUCUAUAACUUUCCAUGGAAUUGAAGCCGAUAAAAUAUAUCUUUAUGAUUACCUGCUCAACCAUCUGAGAGUCUUCAGGCAUGGCGGCCAUCGUGGAAACAUGCCACCUGUACUUAGCACACCAGAAGAAGAAGUUUGGAAAUCCUUUCUAAGGAAGGAAGGCCACCCUGUUGAAAAUGUUUCUGCAGAAGAAUACUUCAGGCUGUGGCAAGACAAAGUAUCUGCACCAGAUGACUUCAACAAGCGCAUCCGUAGUGAACAGAUGUCACAUUUUUUUGAAGGCUUGCUAAGUGCUGCUCAAGGAAAUGAUUCAGUUAAUGAAUAACAUUUGUUUGCAAUAUUAUUGUCCAACACAUCACAGUGUAACUUGUCUGUGAUAAUUAAGUAGUGAUCAGAUGUGUAAUUUUGUAAGAUAAUGACAUGUCUUUUGAGAUGCCUGUUAUGUUUCUCUUCUCACAUGUGUGUUUUUGUUUAGUAGUAGAUAUAAGGGAAGUUCAUGGAAAGAUGUACAUCCAUUUUUUUCAACCUCUGUGUGAUUAAGACAAAAACUGCCAUCUUAAACUUCCAAUUUUGUUAUGUUAGUGAGGCUGUGUGUUAAAAAAAAAAAAAAGAAAAAAAAAAUGGCAUACACAAUACUAGACUGCCACUGAUGGAUAUUAAUAACUUUUUAUGGCAGUGACUUGAGAGAGAUAUAUCCUAAAUUCUCCCAAUUUCUAUACUUGUCUCACUUUUGACAGCUGAAAAUAAUUUUGAAAACAUAUCACUCUCAUUUAAUGGAUUAUAAUAAGAUAUCCAGAUUUUAUCUCUUUUGAAGAUACUCCAUAAUUCAUGUUUCAUAUAUACAGUAUAAUGAUGCCAAUAGAACUCUCUCUCUCCUCUAACUUAGAUGUGGGAGGAAUUGAUGUAUUUUGAUCAAAUGUUUGUGAAAGAUGCAAUGAUAGUGCUCAUCAGGAUGACAUCAGUUUUUCCAUGUGUGACGUGCCAGAAUUUUGUUUUGUGGUUAUUUUAUUAACUGUAUCAAUAUUUUGAAUAUUGUUGUGUUGUGAACAAUCAAAAGUAAAGUUUGCAUUUCAGUCCUUAUUUUCCAUUAUUAAAUUAGCAAGUCAGAUGGAAACUUGAAUCCAUGGUGUGCUUCGGUUUUCAGACACUUCAAUAAUGAUCUAAACUGUACCAGAUCUGAAGUAACAAAUAUUAGCAGUACAAAAAUAAUGUCUCUUGAGGUCCAGUGCAGUCAUCUGAUGAAUCAGAAGUAUCUGACCUAUUCACUUUCUCUUUUCUCCACAAGUGUGUCCGAAUGUUGCAUGCAAAGCUUUUCUCAAUUGAUACAAAUGCCCUUACAAAAAUUAUUUUCAUGAUUUUGAAUGUCUUAAAAAAACUUGAUGGGGAUCAUUUACAACCUACUUUAUCACUUAACAGUAAGAACAAAAAGUUUUUUCAAAUGGUUUGGGAGCUGUGUGCCUUAAAAAGAUGCUGAAGGAAGGAUCAUAAGUAGCAUCCUUCAGAUAAAGGAAGUCCAGGCAUAGACAACUAUAUCAGAGCACAUAAGAUCAUUUUGGGAAAUAACUGUCACCAGUAAUUCUGACUUCCCGUUUUACUCUCCAAUCUCCACCCUCCACCACAUUCCCUUUUUUCAGUGUGUGUGUGUGUGUGUGUGUGGCGAAGAGAGAGAAGAAUGAAUUAUCAUUUGGCUGUGCUGGCAGAGGCAAAUUUAUAUAGUUUUAGUGUUGUGGUUGUGAAGCCCACAUCCGUCCACUAUUGACUUGCUCAGUAUUAUAAGUGCCUUGUAGACGUUAGCAUUUUAAUAAUAGUACAUCCAGUUUAAACUAUUUUUAUGUAAAAUUCUGAAAUGUUGCUGUUACGUGUUUUAAAACAUUUUCUGUUAUUUUUGAUUUGAAACCACUCAUUUCUGAUCAGUAUUAUUUACACAGCUGUAUAUAUAUAUAUGUUCAAGCACACUUUUUUAAAGAAAUGUUUCCUAUACAGAACUUAUAUUUUUAUAGUAUGCUAAAAGCAAAUUUUGUAAACUGUAUGUAAAAUAUUUAUUUUAUGCAAUAACAGCUCUCUUCUCACACAUUUUAAUUGUCAUGGUGCUUUAUAUACUAAGAAUGCUAUAAAAAAAAUGUUACUUUACCAUUAGAGAAUUGUUGUAAAAAGAUGCACUGAUGCAGUAUGUUCACAGAGAUUGACAACAGAAGUGUGAGGCCACCACUUGUAAGAAAUCUUCA